AUGUCACUUUCUUCGCCGUACUUUAAACUCUCCCCUCUCUACCACUCUUUCUCUUCCAAGGAUGUCGUUCCGAUCAGCAAUGUGAACGUCAAGAUUUUCGGUUCCGUCAAAAACCACCACGACAGUUCCCGUUCUUAUCCAAUAAAAUUAGUCUGCUCUUUCAACAAAAUCACUCACUCUGUUAAAUGCGCCGGUUCUGACUCUACCGCAGGUACCGUUACUGCCUCAUCGGAUGGUAGAUUGAAGGAUGAUCCUAGGGUUUUGGAUGUUGCUUCUGAAUUGAGAACUGAUGGCGGCGGCGAUAAUGGUGGGGCUGGUGAUGGAAAUGACGGUGGAGAUUCUUCCGGUGGUGGUGGUGGAGGAGGAGGAGGAGGAGGAGGAGGAGACGGUGGCGAUAGCGAGGAAGAUAAGGAGUUUGGACCGAUAAUGAAGUUCGAGGAAGUAAUGAAGGAGACAAAGACGCGUGGAGUUGAGCUUCCUGCUGAUAUGUUGGAAGCUGCUAAAUCUACCGGGAUUCGCAAAAUGUUUCUCCUUCGUUACCUCGAUUUGCAGGGAUCAGCAUGGCCACUAGGUUUUUUAAUGAAGUACUGUACUAUGCUGCGUAAUCGAAUGCUGGCCGAUCCUUCUUUUAUUUUCAAAGUUGGAACAGAGAUAGUUAUUGAUUCAUGUUGUGCUACGUUUGCUGAAAUUCAGAAAAGAGGAAAGGAUUUUUGGUCGGAGUUUGAGUUAUAUGCAGCCGAUCUUUUGGUUGGGGUCGUGGUUUGCGUUGCUUUGGUUGGCAUGUUAGCGCCUUAUGCUCGUAUUGGGAAGCCGGCUGUUUCGGGUGGGUUGUUUGGGAGCUUACAACAGGCUUGUGCGGCUCUUCCUAGCAGUGUUUUUGAAGCUGAAAGGCCAGGAUGCAAAUUCUCUGUGAAACAGCGCAUUGCUACCUACUUCUAUAAGGGUGUAUUAUAUGGUUCAGUUGGGUUUGGGUGUGGACUCAUUGGCCAAGGGAUUGCUAAUCUGAUAAUGACUGCCAAACGGAGCAUAAAGAAAUCAGAAGGGGACAUUCCUGUUCCUCCUCUUGUGCAAAGUGCAGCUCUUUGGGGUGUGUUUCUUGCCGUAUCUUCCAACACUCGUUACCAAAUUGUUAAUGGACUGGAGCGCCUGGUUGAAGCAUCACCUCUGGCAAAACAGGUCCCGACAGUUGCAAUGGCUUUCACCGUUGGUGUGCGAUUUGCCAACAAUAUUUAUGGUGGUAUGCAGUUCGUAGAUUGGGCAAAAUUGAGUGGGUGUAUGCUUGGACCGGCGGGUCAAUGGGACUCAAUUGAGAUAAAAGUUGUUCGAGAACUUAAUCAAGACUUGCCAAUAUCAUCGUAUCUUUUUUCUACUCUCGACCGCAUUAAAACCCCGAGGCGAUACUUCACUUCAUAA